AUGCACCCUUUCUUUUGGGGGAAGGAUAGGAUUGGAAAUGAAGGGAUAGAAAGCGGGAAAGGGGAACCCUUGAAGGCGAAGGAUUCCGAUGCGCUGUGGCUGAUCGUAUGUCCAGAGACGACGGGGCUCGACGACCCAAGAAUCAAUCCGGCGGCUGAGGGUGCGCCGAGCCUGGCGACGUUGGGGUGCCGGCGAGUGUUGGUGGGCGUCGCGGAGCUGGAUUUGUUGAGGGAAAGGGGGAGGCUUUAUUACCAGAAGUUGAAGGAGAGCGGGUGGGAAGGGGAAGCAGAGUUUUUGGAGUCGGAGGGUGAGGAACAUUGUUUCUACUUCAUGAAGCCUGAGACCUCCAAGGCGGAGGAGAUCAUAGAGCGGCUUGUCAACUUCUUCAACAAAUCCUAA